AUGGCCUCCCCUACCAUGUCAAUCGCUGCCGUCCGAUGGUCUCGAGUUCUCCUGGGCUCCACCCCCGCCCUGAACCCCUGGAGGCCCGCUGCCUUCGCCUUGAAUGUCCCCGGCCUGCUCUCCGGCAUUUGGGAUUCCGUCCUCCGCGCCGUGCCCAAGAAGAAAACCUCGCACAUGAAGAAACGCCAUAGGCAAAUGGCAGGAAAGGCGUUGAAGGACGUGAAGAACCUUAAUACCUGCCCCGGGUGCGGUCAAAUCAAGCGCGCGCAUGUUCUAUGUCCGCACUGCGUUGCCACGCAUCCGAUUGACAUAUUCUCGUUGGCCGUAACCGAUAACCAAGUGUUGUCGGCGUCGGGGGCAUCUGCACUUAAAGUCCAUUCAACCACUGACCCCGAGUUUCCGCUUGUACAGUCAAUUGACGGAGCCCACAAGGCUGGAUGCCAUCAAGUGGUCACAAAUGGAAAUGGAUUAAGGGCAAUAAGCGUCGGCUUUAGUGGUGAAAUCAAGGUCUGGGGUUGUCACGAUGGAACUUGGUCACAAGAUGAGUCCGUCUCAGUUGGCAGCACAGGAUCAGCCGACGUCUGGGCCGUGUCUCUGUCGCAAGAUGGUCAAUAUCUCGCGGGCGUUAGCCAAGAUGGGCACAUUAAGGUCUGGGAUUUAAAGUCCAACGGUGAACAGAUACGUGACUAUGAGACCAAAGGGAGCUUUGGCACUUGCUUAGAUAUGUCUGCGGAUGGCCGCUUCAUAGCCAGUGGGCAUGAAAAUGGCAGCAUUUACAUCUUCAGUACAGAAACGGGUCGUAUGCCUUUCAGUUUGGCUGGGUUGGUCAAGCCCGUAAGGACCGUUGCGUUCUCUCCCGGCGGUAAGUUUCUCGCCGCCGCUGGAGAUUCUAAGAUCAUCGUCCUCUACGACACAUCAUCCGGCGAGCAGGUCGCUAACUUUUCGGGACACUCGGCCUGGGUCCUAUCGCUUUCCUGGAGCCUCACGGGAGAGUAUCUAUUGAGUGGUUCAUUCGACGGGAAAGUCAAAGUAUGGUCAAUUGAUACCAGGGCAUGUGUUGCAACCCACUGCGAGACCGAGAAGGCAAUUUGGAGCGUCAAGUGGGUCCCGAAGAUCGGGAGAUCAGAGGGGUUCGCAACUUGUGGUGCGAAUCGAAGCAUAGCAUUCUAUAGGGAGGCUACCGGAGGCUAA